AACACAAGCAACUCUUUUACCAAUCAUGGGGAAUUAUAGGUUUAGAUUGUCAGAUAUGAUGCCAAAUGCUUGGUUUUACAAGCUCAAAGAAAUAGGCAAAAGCAGCAGCAGCAGCACCAGAAACAGCAGAGGCCAUAGCCACACAACUUCAUCAACAUCAACAUCAUUAUCAAAUCUACAACCAGACAAAAAAAGACAACCCCAUAACCUUGGUUGUCAAAGAAAAUCAUAUUACAUUUCAAGAAACCUCACUAGUAGUAAUCCACCUGAAACAUUUUCUCAGAAUCCUAUCUCUUCUAACAGCCCAAAACCCGAUCACGAUGUUCAUUUCACUGAGCCAUCAAGAAAGUCUUACAAGAAAAGGCGUAGUAUCAAUUCCAGGAUGAGAAAUUCUCCCAAACUUGUCAAUCCCUCUGUUUCAGCCAAUUGUAGUUGCCGCGCUUCUGUUGAAUCUGUCUGGACUAAAGCUGAUUCCACCCCUGAAGAAUACCCAAAUUCAUCUUCCUCCUCCUCGUCCUCAUCACCAUCUUCAAUUUUGCCUGAAAAAUCAAACCCCAUGACUUCAAUUUCACCGUCUUGUGACUGCAGAGCUGAUUACAUGAAUCAAGAUUCAGCCAAUCUUGAUCAUGGGGUUCACUCUGUUUCUAAAAUUGACCUUCCUCGUAUCAUAACCAAGCCCGAAAAAUUCGAUGAAAAAAAAGAAGAAAAACAGAGGAUUGUGAAACAAGAACAGAGGAUAGUGAGAAGAGUAUCAACAAAUGGUGUGAAGCUGAGAACAAAUUCACCAAGAAUAACAACAAACAGCAAGAAGAUUCAAGGAAGCAGAAAGAAUGUUUCAUCAAAAAGGACAAGUGUUACAGAGAGCUUUGCAGUGGUGAAAUCAUCAAGAAAUCCUCAGAAAGAUUUCAGAGAAUCAAUGGUGGAAAUGAUAGUUGAGAAUAAUAUAAGAACAUCAAAGGAUUUGGAAGAACUUCUUGCUUGCUAUCUUUCAUUAAAUUCAGAUGAGUAUCAUGAUCUAAUCAUCAAAGUCUUCAAGCAAAUCUGGUUCGACAUCACUGAAAUUCGACUGAAGUAAAUACUAGUAUAAGAAUCUAUGUAUUAAUUUCCUCCUCUAAUACAUAAAUGUGUCAUUUAAUUUGGUUCAGUAACUUUUUUAUAUAUAUAAAUAAACAUUUAAAUUAUUAUAAACUUGAAUAAUCAGACA